UUUUUACUUCCAAAUUGAAUAUAUAGAUGAGAAAAAAAAUUUCUUAGGACUCAACAUCUUAGACACUGCUUUGAUACCACAAUGGAUGAUUUGAUCCACAAAUGAGAUAAAUUUAGUAUUUAUAUUGAACUCGACUAUACUUACAAUGAAGUCAAGUCAACACAUCAAAACUCCUUACCUCAGAAUGUGUUUGAAUGGGUUCCUGCAAGUUUCUCAUCGCUAUGGCUUCUAAUUUUGAUCGCCCCUUACGAAGAAAUGGUGCUUAUGAUGCUCGGUUACACGGAAGAGAGAUGAACAAAAAUCCCAUGUUUUUCAAUCUCUCAAUUGUGGUGUCUCUGCUUCUAGUCUCAGUAGUCUCAUCAGCUGCUUCUAAAGGUACUGAUUUCAUCUUCCAUGGCUUCCAAUCUGCAAAUCUAUCACUCGAUGCUAUGGCUGUUGUUACCUCAAAUGGCCUCUUGAAACUGACCAACGAGACCAGGCAAAAAAUUGGCCAUGGGUUUUAUCCUAAUCCUGUAAAUUUUGUCGAUUUCUCUCAUGGCGUUUCAUCUUUCUCAACUACUUUUGUCUUUGCCAUUAUUUCUGAAUACCCAAAUCUAAGUGGCCAUGGAAUUGCCUUUGUGGUGGCUCCGACGAAAACUUUCCCCGGAGCUGAGCCAAGUCAGCAUCUUGGCAUUUUUAAUGACAACAACAACGGUAACACAAACAACCAUAUUUUCGCUGUAGAACUCGAUACAAUUCAGAAUCUAGAGUUGAAAGAUAUAGAUGCGAAUCAUGUUGGUAUAGAUAUAAAUGGGUUGAUUUCUAAGAAAGCUGAAACUGCUGGGUUUUAUCCUUCCAACAAUGGGGAAUUCAGAAAUUUGAGUCUUAUAAGUGGCCAACCAAUGCAAGUUUGGAUCGAAUAUGAUGGUAUCAACAAAGAGAUCAAUGUCACUUUGGCACCAAUUAACAUACCCAAACCCAAAAUUCCACUUUUAUCUUACGUCUGGGACCUUUCGUCCGUCAUAAAAAACUCUUCCAUGUUCGUCGGGUUUUCAUCCUCCACUGGCUCUGUUUCAACUUCUCAUUAUAUUUUAGGUUGGAGUUUCAGAUUAAACGGCCAAGCUCAAAGUCUUGACAUUUCUCGUCUUCCAAAGCUGCCUCAGAAAAAACAUAGAUCCAAAGUUUUAACAAUUGGGUUGCCUUUAAUUUCUGGAGGGAUUGCUUUAUUGGUUAUUUUAUCCAUUGUCCAUGUUAUCAGAAGGAAGAGGAAGUUCGCCGAGCUGCUCGAAGAUUGGGAGCUUGAUUAUGGGCCUCAUAGGUUCAAAUACAAAGACUUAUACACAGCUACAAAUGGAUUUAAAGAAAAAGAAAUUCUGGGUUCUGGAGGAUUUGGACGAGUCUACAAAGGUGCAUUACCAAAAUCAAAACUUGAAAUAGCUGUAAAGAGGGUUUCUCAUGAAUCAAGACAAGGAAUGAAAGAAUUUGUAGCUGAGAUAGUUAGUCUUGGGAGGCUUCGUCAUAGAAACCUUGUACAACUUUUAGGCUACUGUAGACGAAAAGGAGAGCUGCUUUUAGUAUAUGAUUAUAUGCAAAAUGGAAGCUUGGACAAGUACCUGUUUAACGAAACAAAUCCAAGUUUGAACUGGAGCCAGAGAUUUCGAAUCAUAAAAGGAGUGGCUUCAGGGCUGCUUUACCUGCAUGAAGAAUGGGAGCAAACUGUUAUUCACAGAGAUGUAAAAGCCAGUAAUGUCUUACUAGACAAUGAGUUAAAUGGAAGAUUAGGAGAUUUCGGUUUGGCAAGACUGUAUGAUCACGGAACAGACCCUCAAACAACUCAUAUUGUAGGAACACUCGGAUAUUUGGCUCCAGAGCACACGAGAUCCGGCAGGCCGACGACUCAAAUGGAUGUGUUUGCUUUUGGGGCAUUUCUGCUGGAAGUAGCAACAGGAAAGAGGCCAAUAGAGAUUCGAGGGAUGAUGGAAGAUGUAAUAUUGCUGGAUUGGGUAUUGUUAUGUUGGAUGAGAGGAGCCAUUGUUGAGGCCAAAGAUCCAAAGUUGGGAACAGAGUAUGUGACAGAGGAGAUGGAAAUGGUUCUGAAACUUGGAUUGUUGUGUUCACAAUCUAACCCAAUGGCGAGGCCAAGCAUGAGGCAAAUUGUGCAGUACUUGGAAGGAGAUGCUGUCAUGCCAGAGAUGGGUUCUAUAGAAACGUUAGGUGGUGGUGGUGGAUAUGAAGGUUUUGAUGAUCUUGGCAUGUCGUAUAAUUCUUUUUUGGAUAAAGCUAUUGCAUAUUCUACUUCUUCACUUGAAAGAGGUUUUGCCCAUUCUUCUGAUGCGCAGUCUCUCCUGUCAGGUGGCCGUUGAAUGUAAUAUUGAAAUUACUUCAUUAAUUUAUAGCACAACUACAUAUCUACUCCAUGUUAAAUACAUAAUAAUAGAUAUAUCUACUCAAGUUUGUUUGCAUUCCAA